UUCCUCGUGUUCUUUCUUCCCAUUUUAAACAAACAUUUUCUCACUUUCCUGCUCGUUUUAUUUAUUAUUUUCCGGAUUUCUUUAAAAUUAGUUGUACCUGUGUGUAAAUCUAGAAAUGCCAUUUGACUCCACUGAAUCAGAAUCUAGGGUUUCAGCAUCAUCAAUUUGUUCCGAAACUUUUAUGGAAAAUACCCAAUUAGAGUUACUACUACUUACGUGUAUAAACACUUCUCUUAAAUUUAUCAAGAACAGCUAAUGAUCAUCAAUCAUAAUCUCAAUUAGUUAUGGAUCUUUCUUCUUCUUCGAUGAGUGAAGAAGCUUCCUAUGUAAAUAAUCUAAAAGGAUUUAUUCUUGCUGUAAUUUCUAGUGCUUUUAUUGGAUCAAGUUUUAUUAUUAAGAAGAAAGGUCUUAAAAGAGCUGGUCAUUCUGGUGCUCGUGCUGGUGUUGGUGGAUAUGGUUACUUAGUGGAGCCACUUUGGUGGAUUGGAAUGAUUACUAUGAUUGUUGGAGAGAUUGCGAAUUUUAUUGCUUUGAUGUUUGCCCCUGCUGUUCUUGUAAUCCCACUUGGGGCAUUGAGUAUAAUUGUCAGUGCUGUUCUAGCACAUUUCAUAUUGAACGAGAAACUACAGAAGAUGGGUUUGGUGGGGUGCAUCCUAUGUGUAGUGGGUUCUACUAUGAUUGUUCUUCAUGCCCCUGAGGAACACCCCGUAACUUCAGUUCUGGAAAUCUGGGAUUUAGCAAUACAGCCAGCUUUUCUUUUAUAUACGGCUUCGGUGUUGGUUACAGUUCUUGUGUUAAUGUUGCAUAGCGCUCCACGCUAUGGGCAGACAAACAUCAUGAUAUACAUUGGAAUAUGUUCUUUAUUUGGAUCUUUGACGGUCAUGAGUGUAAAGGCUAUAGGCACUGCCAUAAAACUUACAUUGGAGGGUAAAAGCCAGGUUGCGUACUUCCAAACAUGGAUAUUUGCAAUGGUUUCGGUUUCUUGUAUAAUGACUCAGUUGAAUUAUUUAAACAAGGCAUUGGAUACUUUCAAUACAGCAGUUGUUUCUCCUAUUUACUACGCCAUGUUCACAUCUCUCACAAUUUUUGCUAGCGCCAUAAUGUUUAAGGAUUACGCUGGUCAGAGUGCAAGCAGUAUAGCGUCAGAGCUUUGUGGGUUUAUCACUAUACUUUCUGGAACUGCGGUGUUGCAUAGUACAAAAGAUCCAGAUCCACCCCAAAAUACAGAUUUAUACUCACCGCUUUCUCCUAAACUAUGGUGGCAUGUCCAAGAAAAGGGAGAUCAGUGGAAGCAGAAGGACGAAGAUGGGUUGUCUGCUGAUUUUGUCGCAAUCAUUCGCCAAGAUUAUUUUGCAUAGUUGAAUGUAGUCAGAAUAUUUUCACAUUAACCACAAUCCAGGAAGACUAUCAGUUGCACCAGUUGCAAACUCCUUGUUGUAAUGAGUGCUUGGAGAUGAAGUAAGAGGCGGACUUGUUGCUGGUAUGAUCUUUGGCUCCAUCACUGUUAUGCUUGUGCAGGCCAAUAUCCAAGGCGUAAAUUUUUAUUCUUCUAUUUGUUUCUCACCCGCACAUGGAAGCAGCUUCUGCUAGACAGCUUUCAACUGUCUAAACAGAAUUUGCUUUGUUGUUUGCAGUAUUUAGGUUUCAUAACAAGCUUGUGUAGUUUUCUGAUGUAUAAUCUUGGUUGCUAUUUCAACCACUCCUAGGAUUUUUUUUUUCCUAAUUUUGUUGGUAAAAGAGAAUUAUGUAUUUAGUUGAGUCUUUAGUUAGACCAUUGUAAAAGCUCAUAUUGAGUUACUCUGUAAAAUACAAUAGCAAUACACAGUUAUCUAAAUUAUUGAUUCCCCACUCUUUGAUUCAAAAA